AUGCCGCCACGUACGACGCGUCGGCCUUCGUUCGCCCGCUGCUCCGCCGAGUCCCCACCUCGCAACAGUGGUGCGCACGACCCAUUGUUCGCCACGGCCUCACCUCUUCUCAGCGGUCCCAUUUCCGCAUCCAGUGCUUCGUUGCAGUACAUCGCACCACCACCACCAGCAGCAGCAGCUGGGCCCCCACCUCCGUCUUCUUUGGGUGCGCUACCUCCUGACCCGAGCAGCCACGUCGCCAUGGCAGUUCCUUCGAGCUCGACAGCGGGUUCGGGUUCGGGUUCGGGUUCGGGUUCAGCAUCAUCGGAUUCAGUACCGAUCCCGACCCCGAUCACCCAUGCUUUCCUCGCCUCUCCAUUCGCGUCGUCGUCCACGCGGACCGACUCAUCCCACGACGGCCACGACGGCCACGACGGCCACGACGGCCACGACGACCACGACGACCACGAUGACCUCGAGUCGAACCGCACCACAACCGACGAUUGUUCCCUACCCAGUAACGAACCCUCGUCCAGCUCCACCACGAACCUCAACCGACGACACGCCGUGACGAUCGAACCGCCACCGGGUACGAUCAGCAGCACCGGCACUGCGAACGCCCUACCUCCCCGUCCUCCUGCAGGUCAGACUCCGAUCCCACCCACUCCGCCCGUACAGGCUCAGGAAGGACCACCCAAAGCCAACGCUCUCGCUGCAGUGCCCAAACCAAAAGUAAGUUCUGACAUUCCCAAUCUCUUUUGAGAGCUGACGCGCUGACGAUUGCCCCUUCCCUCGCCAGCAACCGCUGUACACGUUCCCUUCCCCACCGCCGGACUCGAGCGACAUCGUAUCCGAACUGCAAGAGUUUUACAGCUACGUCGAGGUACCCCAGGUCAUCGAUCACAAGGAUAGCUUCCUCGCGUGGUGGGAUAGGCCCCAGCGUCAGUCUCCCCACCGCGUCGAGAUUCACGUCCGCACGUGUGAACUGAGCCUUAACCCGAUCCCCGGACCCAUACAGAAGCCUUCGUCGACGUCCCGCAAACGGAACAGAUCGAGCUCAUCCACAGUUUGCUCGACGGACUCGCUUCCCCCGACCCAGACGCGCGCUUCACCGUCGCCCGACACCUGCUCUACAUCGCCCAAGGCACUUUUGAAUCUUCGACUUCUCCAGACCACCACCUCGAACUGAUCCAAGCCAACUGCGCCCUCCUCCGCAACGCCAAAGCCUUGGAUGCGAUCUGGGACGCCGUAAAGAAAACGGGCGAGCGAUGGGAACGUGUAUCCCAUCUGCCCAACACGAACCCCGGAUCGAACGACCCGUCCUCCUCUUCGGGUGCGGGCGAAUCCCAACCUUUCAACAUGGUAGAAUUUGAGGAGGCGCAACAUCGCCAGGAACAGUUGGACGAGAUCAAUUCCGAAUUGGCCUUGCUGUUGGCCGUGCUUUAUUUCAUGAUGGAGGUUCAUCGUGGGGAUGAUGAUUGGGCCGAGGAACUGAGUGGGUUGAACGUUCCGCUUAAGGAGCUUGACCACGUUCAGAGCUGACAUCUCAUUCGCUUCUUGUCCAGUGCAACUCGAUCCACCGGCACCGAUCUAUCUAUUCAACCUCGUGGCGGGGUUGAGGGAGAGGAAUGCGAAAGGUUACCCAGUCAAAAAGGUCGGUUCCGGUCUACUACGGAUGCACGUCACACGGCGCUGCAACUGACAUCCCAGAGUAACGCGCGGCCGACAGCUCCUCCUCUUGCUGUGGAAAUCGAUCCUGGCGUGUAUCGGUGGGCAAUCCGAUAUCCCUCGAGUCCGAGCGCUCGUCCGCUCCAUCGAAGGACUGGAACCUAAUCCAUCACGGGCGCGCACGCCGGCUCCAACGCGACCGUCCCCACCGUCCUCUUCCUCUUCGACGUGCGACAUGCCAUCCUCCCCAACCGAAUCGGUGAUCGCCGACGCCAAACCGCACACCAAAGUCGCUCCGACCGAUUUCGUCGCCUUCAACUCGGAGAUCACUUCCAAGUACCCUUCCUACAUCCCCCCUCCUUUACCGAUCGAUCUUCCGAUCCCGAUCGAGAUGGAACGUAUCGCCGCCGCCGCCGCUCCCCAACCCGUUCGAUCAACAUUCUCCUACCACCUCAACCCGAACCACGAUCCCACGAUUCCAUCUAACCAAUCCGCCUCUGCACAACCACCAGGCUUGACCGGACCCGGUCAAGGAGGUAUGCAAAAUUCAAGUUCGGCUACUCCCGCUCCGACUCCCCCCACUUCGCCCGCUCCAACUCCUCCUCCUCCUGCUCCUCCUAAACCGAAAAAACAACAAUACCAAACCGAUCAAUCCAAACCUUUCGUACUACCCUUCGCACCCUCCAAUUCCGGUAUCCCCUCCACCUCAACCACCUCAACCACCACCACCUCUUCUUCCACGACGACGACGACGACCUUUGGUUCACGUAUCGUGCCACGUUCGAUCGAAGAAGCGGGACAAUUGUACGCGACUCAUUUACGACUCUCUACCGAAUUAUGGCAGAGUUGUAAAGUAAGAGAGGAAUUCUUGUACGAGGAAACGGGGAUCGCGCAGGCUGAACGGUUGGUCGCUAAGAAGGAUCGAGGUGAUGGGUUGGCGAAGAAGGGUUCGGGAGGGUUGAGUAAGAGGUUGAGGGGUUUGACUGGUUUGGGAAUGGCGAAAGAGGGGAACGAGGUGGAUGAUUCGGCGAUUGAUGAAUCUGAUGAAGGGGAGGAGGAUCAAUCUUUUGGUGGGUCUAAAGAGAAGGAGCAGAAGAAUGGACCUCGGGCUCCGGAUCCGUUGGAGAUGUUGAGGAAGAUGGAGAGGGAGGUGAUGAGGUUGGCGAAGGAGGAGGCGGAUCAGGACAGGAGGAUCGAGUUGGAGGAUAAGAGUAAAGAUUUGAAGAGGUUGAUGAGGGUCGAGAUGCUUUAUGUGAGUUGGGUUCGUUGCAUCGGUGAGAAUCGGAGAGAUGCUGACGUUUGGUUGAUGCUGUCCACCAGCGAGCUGUCUUGCCUCAGAUGCAAAGCGCCGUCAUUGUGUUGCUCAAGCUCUUGUUGGCGACCGUCACCGCGAACAACAACAAUCAGAACCAAGGCGUAGGGAAUGCGGAGUCCGGUAAUGGUGAGCGCAGCCAUACAUCAAGGCCAAGCGCAGCCUCUAACAUCUCUCUUUACCUACGGUCCAUCCAGACGAACCCAUCAAACUCAGCCUCGAAGACACGGACAUCAUGCGUCACCGGGAAAUCACCUCCAAAGCCGUCUCGGCGAUCCUGAUCCUCGCUUUGAAAUGGUUCAAAACCUCGCACGUGAUGAAGUUCCAUUACCUGUCCCAACUUUUGGUCGAUUCGAAUUGCCUGUUGUUGAUCCUCAAGAUGUUCGGUCUGCAAGAGGUUUCGACUUCGGUCAAGACGAAGAAUGAUCGCGAGGACCAAAACUUUUUCAAGUUUUGUCAUGAGAUGGUCAACCCGCCUGAUUUGAGCGACCCGAUGACGUAUGGUGGGAGGAGACCGCGUUCUUCGUCUAGGGAUAGUACGAGUGAUUCUGACUCGUCGACGAGGGCUCAGAAAGGGACUGCGCAACGAACGAAAUACGUUGCCACCUCGUUGUCGAUCAAAGGUGAUCGUUCUACAUCAACCCCGGUCACGACGAUUCAACCAAAACCUGAAGGUGCUCAAGUCAAGAAUAACAAAUCGACGGAGGACGACCCAGUCGAGUACAUCACCGAUUACUCGUGGCGCAACUUUUUCAGCGUCAUCAAUUUCGUGCACAUCUUGCAGAAAUUGACGAAGCGCAAGACGCAUCGGGUGUUGUUGUUGGUGCAGUACAAGAGUUCGGUACGUGCAUAGGGUUCUUCGGGGAAGGGGGGGUCCGAGGAUUCGCUCACGGAGACGGCUGCGUGUUGACUUUGUUCGGACAGGCUAUCUUGAAGCGUAUCUUGAAAGUCUCGCACCCGACGUUGCAGUUGUAUGUGCUCAAGGUGAUCAAGUCGCAGGUACCGUACUGCGGCCGCAAAUGGCGUCAAUGUGAGUUCACAUUCCUUACCCAGUCGUGGUCUCCUUUGACUCGCUCUGACAGGAGAUACCGCUCCCAACUUACAGCCAACAUGAAGGUCAUUACCGCGAUCUACCUCCACUGCCGCCCUGAUCUACGCGAUGAGUGGUUGACCGGUAUCGACGUUGACCACGAUGUUGAGGAAUCCCUACCCCACGAACAAGCCUUGCGCGCCUUGGUACGGUUCUUCAACACCAAGCACUAUGGAUCUUACGCCCCUCAACUGCAUCGUCGAUCCUCAGCCACCAGCCCAGGCAACGACUUUGUCGCUUCUAGAGGAGGGGUCGAAGGUGGGAAUAAUAUAGGAGGCUAUGGGCCCGGUACAGGUGGAGGAGGAGGUCUCCCUUCACCCGGUAUCGGAGCAAUCGGGAUCAACCACGACCUGAACCGCCCCUUACAGAGUCCUUCAGCGAACGAUGACGUUUUCCCCCCUUCAAGACCGAUCACUUCGUUCGGUUUCAAUGAUCCUUCGGACGAACCUUGUUGCAGUCCAACGAAGAAUGGACCAGCUCUGCUGUCCCCUACUUCACCCACUCUGUCGAGAUACCCAACAGAUCAUCCUUCGAAUGGGGACGAAUACGCCGAUUACGAAGUGGAUGAUCUGCUGCUCUACCCUCGACCGAUCGAUGAAGAUGGUUACCUUUCCACUUCCGAAGGGGGCGUACUCGACCCUUUGGAAACCAGUCGAGCGGAUUGGGAACGACUUGGUCAACUCCUAGGUCAAUACGAUGAGGAUAUUUCGGAUUCGGAAAGUGUUGGUAGCUUGAGGGGUUUGUUGAGGUUCGAAAGAGGGGAGCGGAGGGAAGGGGAAGGGGAAGGGGAAGGGGAGGAAGGGAGUGAUGAUGGUGUUAGCGAGUUCGAAUUGGAGGAGGAACGUUUGGAUGAGAGACAGAGGAAGGCGAUCGCGGUUAGGAACGAGUGGGAACAUAUUAGGUCAGUUUCUUUUGUUCGACGCGCAGUGGUAUUGAUGGCGCGUCUCCUUCCUGGCGCGUCUCAUCUGAAUGUUCAAUUACCUCUCGCGCAGUCCGGAAACCAUCACCGCGCUCGAAGAAGAACGCGCGGCCGCUCUACCUCAUUCCCCACGACCCUCGCGUCGUCGAUCAAGUACAGGGCCUAUCUCACCCGCUCUACGACCCGUGCUCAUCGAUCGGGACGAUGACUCCGCGCUCGAAAGUUCAGGUGGGAACGCGGUCGAUGAAGGUGGGGAUGCUGGAGUGGGUGGAGCGGCGAACGCAGGACCGAAUAGUCCCGGCCCUGCACCGGCCGCUCCUCAUCAGGGUCCGGCGGUGGAUGAGGUCGAGUUGGUAUUUGGGGAGUGA